GCGGAGACUGCAGAAAGGAAAAGGUCUUUGUUGUGGGGAGCUUGUGUACUACCAAAGCCCCCAAAACAGGCAGGAAGAGGACUGGCUACUUACCAUGCAGGGAUGUCUCUUGGAUGAUUUUCAUGAAUAAGAAGCAGCCUGAAGAAGCGUCUAAAUGCUGGUGGAGGGGGCCAAAUGAGGGGAGGGGAGAGUUUUAUUUUCUUUAACUUAGCUUUUUCUGGCACAUUGUGUUUAGAAAGGUAGCCACUGGAUUUUGGAUCUCUUUUUUGUUGGGUGGGGGCAGAAAUAUGCCAUUUCUUAAGGGGGCAAGGCAGAUCUCUAAUGGAAAACUUGUUAGAAAUUAGAGCCAGCGUGGUGUAGUGGUUAGAGUGCUGGACUAGGACCAGGGAGACCCGAGUUCAAAUUCCCAUUCAGCCAUGAGACUAGCUGGGUGACUCUGGGCCACUCACUUCUCUCUCAGCCUAACCUACUUCACAGGGUUGUUGUGAGGAGAAACUUAAGUAUGUAGUACACUGCUCUGGGCUCCUUGCAGGAAGAGCAGGAUAUAAAAUGUAAUAAAUAAAUAAAUAGAAAUUGUUAAGAAAAGUACCCUAUUUACCAGAAUCGAAAACUAUGCCCGUCUCUCCCCCCCCCCCCCCGUCCCGUUAUAUGAUGUUAGCGUUCCCUUCUUUCAGGUAAAUAGAGAUAUAACCUGUAUAUUUUAAGGAAGUCAUCUUAAAUUCAGAGUUGUCUUCUAAAUACAGCUUAUUUACCUGAAUCCAAGACUAUGUUUUUUCCUUAAGUUCUUAGAAAUUGGGGCCAUCUUAAAUUCAGAGUUCUCUUCCUUUCAGGUAAAUAAGGUAAAGUGUGCCCUCAAGUUGGGUGUCGACUGCUGGUGACCACAGAGCCCUCUGGUUGACUUUGGUAGGAUACAGGAGGGGUUUACCAUUGCCAUCUCUCGCGCAGUAUGAGAUGAUGCCUUUCAGCACCUUCCUAUAUCACUGCUGCCCGAUCUAGGUGUUCCCCAUUGUCUGGGAAACAUACCAGCGAAGAUUCGAACUGGCAGCCUCUGGCUUACUAGUCAAGUCAUUUCCCCGGUGUGCCAUUAGGUGGCUUCUUCAGGGUGCAGGAUGACAUCUCUGGUUCAGUCUGGAUUGUAUUCCUCUUUCACAGCCUGGCAAAUGGGUGCAGCAGAUCUGGCUCAGGGCCUGGUGACCUUUGAAGAUGUGGCCGUGUAUUUCACAGAAGGGCAAGGGGCUCUGCUGCAUCUGGCCCAAAGAGCCUUGUACAAGGAGGUCAUGCUGGAGAAUUAUGGGAAUGUGGCCUCACUGGAGAAAUUACCAGUCCCUAAACCUGACCUCAUCUCCAGACUGGAGCGAGGGGAAGAGCCGUGGGCGCCCGAGUCACAGGGCUCAGAUGAAGAGGCCUCCGACUCUAGCUGGGAUGACUCUAGGAAGAAGAUCGUGUGUCCAGACUGUGGACAGUGCUUUGCUGAGCUAUCGGCACUUCUUGGGCACCAAAGAUUCCACCCAGAGGGAAACUUUUUUAAAUGCCUAGACUGUGGGAAAUGUUUUCCUGAACUUUCCAAGCUUUUGUGGCACCAGAGAGCCCACAUGGUAGAGAAAGCUCAUAAAUGCUUGGAGUGCGGAAAAGCUUUUGCAGAUGAAUCAUCCCUUGUUUGCCAUCAUAGGAUCCAUGCUGUACAGAAACCUCAUACAUGCUCGCAAUGUGGACGAUCUUUUGCUUUCAAAUCGGUCUUUACAGUGCAUUUGCGUCUCCACAUGGGAGAAAAACCGUAUCAGUGCCUGGAGUGUGGCCAGCAUUUUGCCCAGAAAGGGAAUCUUGUUGGACACCAGAGAGUCCACAUUGGAGGAGAGAAACCUCAUAAAUGCACACAGUGUGGGAUGCGUUAUGCUCAGCAUUUGGAACUGGUGAGACAUCAGAGGAUCCACACGAGAGGGGAAUCUUUUAAGUGCUUGGAGUGUGGGAAGUAUUUUGCUCGGAAAGCGAAUCUACUUGAACAUCAGAGGAUCCACACAGGAGAGGAACCUUAUAACUGCAUGGAGUGUGGAAAAUGUUUUUCUCGGAAAGGGAAUCUUGCUGUACACCAGAGAAUACACACAGGAGAGAAACCUUAUAAAUGCCUAGAAUGUGGCAUGAGUUUCGCUGGCAGGUCAUCCCUCAUUUACCAUCAGAGAGCCCACACAGGUGAGAGACCGUACAAGUGCUUGGAGUGUGGGCUGGGUUUUGCAGGAAAAUCAUCCCUCGUUUACCAUCAGAGAACCCACACUGGAGAGAAACCUUACAGCUGCUCGGAGUGUGGGAAAGGUUUUGCUGGAAAAUCAGUGCUCAUCUGCCAUCGGAGAACUCACACAGGAGAAAAACCUUAUCAGUGCUUGGCCUGUGGGAAAGGCUUCUCGGGAAAAUCAUCUCUCGUUUGCCAUCAAAGGACCCAUACGGGAGAAAAACCUUACCAAUGCGUAGAGUGCUUGAUGUGCUUUGCUGAUAAAUCAGGCUUGGUUUGCCAUGAGAGAGUCCACACAGGAGAGAAACCAUAUAUGUGUUUAGAGUGUGGGAAAGGUUUCUCUGUCAUCUCUUCCCUCCUUGGCCAUCAGAGAUCCCACACGGGAGAGAAACCUUUCAAGUGCUUGGACUGUGGGAAAUCCUUUGCUAAUAAAUCGGCAUUGGUUUACCACCAGGGAACCCACAAGGGAGAGGAACGCUUUAACUGUCUGGAAUGUGGGGCGUGUUUUGCUCCAAAGUUACCCCUCGGGAAGCACCAGAGACUUCCGGUGGGUCAUUACCCAAUUCAUCGUGAGACCUGCUCUUUCUAUCGCAAGGUUAAUGAAAAAGCCCCUCUCUAAGAGAGAUGUUUAGUCCACAUUGCUAGAAUAUAGCUGGGGAAGAUUUGGUCUCCUUUCAGCUAACAACUUGCUUGGGAACAAAAAUAUUGCAUUGCGAAGUUCCUUCUAUCCAUAGAGAAAUGUUUACUCUUUAUCAGUUACAGUUGUAAUGUAAUUGGGAAAGUUGGUGAGUAGUCACCAGGGUCGAAGUUACAAUGGGGCACACUAGGACAAAUGUCUCUGGACUGCAGAGGGAGAUAGGUAGGGAUGUACACAAACCUCAGUUCAUGUAGUAGUUCGAAAUGAAACCGGUUCGUAGUUCAGUGAACCGGAUCGUUCUGGUUCAGCCCAGCCACCAACAGUUUGGAGGUUUGACUUCCCCUGCUAACUGAGCAAAGAGGCACCUUUUAAAAGUGGUGAUUCUCUUUACUGAGCAGGGGGAGAGCAACUGGCCCUAUCCAUCCCCAGCACAGCAUCCCUCCAGUGGCUGUUGUUGGUGUCUAUCUUAUGUUUCUUUUUUUAGACCUUGAGCCCUUUGGGGACAGGCAGCCAUUUUAUUUAUUUAUUUAUUGUUUGUUUGUUUAAACCACUUUGGGAACUUUGGUUGAAAAGGGGUAUAUAAAUACUCAUAUUCAUAUUGAGAGUGGAGCCAGGCCGGGUGGUGGUGGUGGUGGUGGGGAGUGAGUGCAGCAGGUCCUUACCUGCAUGACCACUGUUCUGUGGCAGCGCUCAACUGCAGCGGAACGCAUAUGCCCUCCCACCACACAUGGGCUGUUGGGAGGGGUGCUGCGGCAGCAGGAAGGACCUGCUGUUCUCACUUUUAGGCGCUCACUCCCCUGCCCACAACCCCUGGCGUUGCUCUCAAACUGCCAAACUGAUUCGUGGUUGGGCCAAAUUGGAACGGACUGCUUUGCCAAACCACGGACCGGUUCGAUUUUGAACCACUGCACAAACUGAGGUUAGUGCACAUCCCUAGAGAUGAGGGGCACAGACUGGGCAACAACCCAACUGGGGAUGGGGCCAUAACUCAGGGAUCAAGCAUCUGCUUUGUAUGCAGAAGGUCCCCAGUUCAAUCCCUAGCAUCUUCAGGGAGGGCUGGGGAAAGACUCCUGCUCAAAACCUCAGAGAGUCACUGCCAAUGAAUGUAGGAGAGGGUAGUACAACUUUGGCCCUCCAGCUGUUGUUGGCCUGCAACUCCCAUCCUCUGCAACUCCCAUCCUCUGCCUCUGAGUCCCAGUUGCAGGGGAGUAACAGCAGGAGAGAGGACAUGCCCUCAACUCCUCCCUGUAGGCUUCCAGUGGCAUCUGGUGGGCCACUGUGUGAAACAGGAUGCUGGACUAGAUGGGUCUUGGGCCUGAUCCAGCAGGGCUGUUCUUAUGAUCUUAUGUUCUUAUCAUCCCCAGGAGGAUGUCUGAAGAUGAUGGGAGUUGUAGUCCAACAGCUGGAGGGCCAAAGUUGUGCAGCUCUGGUGUAGACCAUACUGAGCUAGAUGGACGAAUGGUCUGACUUGGUAUAAGGCAGCUUCCUGAGUAAUUUGCUCUUUGCUCUCCCAUCUCUGUGUCUGUUUACAUAUUACAUUUGUAUCCCACCUCGCAUACUCAAGGGAGCCUGCACAGGCUUUUCCAGCUAGUGGCAGCCAGUGUUCCCUCUAAUAGGGAUUCCCAGAUGUUGACUACAACUCCCAGAAUCCCCAGCUGCAAUGGUUUUUGCUUGGGUAUUAUGGGAGUUGUAGUCAACAACAUCUGGGAAUCCCUGUUAGAGGGAACACUGGAGCAGGGCUGUUCAGUCCUCCUGCAGAUAUUGGCCUAAAACUCCCAUAAUCCCUGGCUAUUGGCCACUGUGGCUAAGAAUUAUGGGAGUCGUAGUACAAAAACAGCUAGGGGGCCUAAGUUGAGCAGGCCUGCACUGGGGGAAGAGUGUCCCAUUAGGAGGGGACUGCAACAGAGAAGUCCCUCCCACGAGCCUGGGCCCCACGUAGCUCCACUGGGCCAAGAACUCUGAGAAGGCCCACCUGAGGCGACCUCACAAGGCAAGUUGGACAGGAGAGGUGGUCCUGAAGGUACACAGGCGCCAAGCCCUGAAGGGUUUUAUAGGUGAUCACCAGCACUUUGAAUUGGACCCGGAAGCGAACUGGCAGCCAAUACAGCGACCUCAACAGAAGUGAAGCAUGAUCAUAUUUUCUGCUUCCCAUAAGCAAAUCAGAGCUUUAACAUCCCUGACAGUUUUUAGAAGAAAAGAUGCAGCUGUUUAACCAGGCUUUUGGUUAAUUCUAAGUCAUUUUAAAAAUGCUUGUUUUAUUUUUAAAUGUUUUAAUUUUGUGGUUUUUGGAAUUUUAAUGUUAUAUAUAAAUUGGCAUGAGACACUUGUUUUGGCAGUGUACAAAUAUGCUAAAUGAAUAAGUGAACAAAAUUACUUCUUAGAACACCCCACAUGAUUUUAUUUGCAAAUACAAAUACGAUGAAUAUUUAUAUACUGCUUUCAACAAAAGUUUCCAAAGUGGUUUACGUAGAGAGGAAAAUAAAUAAAUAAAAUGGCUCCCUGUCCCCAAAGUGCUCACAAUUUAAAAAGACAGACAUCAGCAACAGCCACUGGAGGGAUGCUGUGCUGGAGAUGGAUAAUGCCAGUUGCUCUCCUCCUGCUCAAUAAAGAGAACCACCACUUUACAUGUACUAUUUCUCCUGGGUUUGGGAUGGCUGAGAAAUAUAAAAUAUUGGGGGAAAUUAUGGAAAAAUGAUUUAAAAUUUACUGCAUGUUAUGCUUUAAAAGAAAAUUAUUAUAAAAUGAUGUAUCGAUGGUAUUUGACACCAAACAAAUUGGCAUUAAUUUAUAAAAAUGUCUCAAACAAAUGUUGGAAGUGUGGACAUUCUGAAGGUACUUUUUAUCAUAUGUGGUGGACCUGCGGGAAGGCUAAGGCCUAUUGGGAUAUGAUAUAUAAUGAGUUAAAGAAAAUAUUUAAAAUGACAUUUCCUAAGAAGCCAGAAUCCUUCCUGCUGGGAAUAACACAAGGUGUAAUUUCUACAACUAAUUUAACAUUUUUUAUGUAUGCUUCUACGGCGGCCAGAAUAAUAUAUGCACAGAAAUGGAAGAGUAAUGAACUGCCUUCAAAAGAAGAUUGGCUGAUAAAAAUUUUGGAAUAUGUGGAGAUGGCAAAAACAACAUUGAUAAGAGACCAAAAUUUAGAAUGCUUUAAAGAAGAUUGGAAACCAUUUUUGGUGUAUCUAAAGAACUAUUUUCCUACUAUGAACUUUACAGCAGGGUUUGAAAUUUAGUAAAAAUUGCAG